CCAGAAUUGGCUUCCGCUGGUGUAAUAUUCGAAGGAUCGGGAAUUUGAUGCUAAAUUUUCCUUCACAGUGAAAAAAUAACCAAGACUGUAAUUUGGAUACCAUCAUUAUUUAAACAGUGGAGUGAAUGAGAGCUGCUCGAUGUGACUCUGGCAGCCGUCGACCAUGAGUAAUAGCCACCCUCUCCGUCCACUGGCCUCCGUGUCGGAGAUCGAUCACAUCCACCUGCUGUCGGAGCAGCUGGGGGCCCUGGUGCUUGGUGAGGAGUACAGCGAUGUCACCUUCAUCGUGGAGGGGAAGCGCUUCCCGGCACACCGGGUCAUCCUGGCAGCUCGCUGCCACUACUUCAGGGCCUUGCUGUAUGGUGGGAUGAAAGAGUCCCAGCCCCAGGCGGAGGUGUGUCUAGAGGAGACGCGGGCCGAAGCCUUCUCGAUGCUGCUACACUACCUGUACACGGGCCGGGCCAGCCUCAGCUCUGCCCGGGAAGAGGUGCUUCUGGACUUCCUGGGCCUGGCUCACCGCUAUGGCCUCCAGCCGCUGGAGGACUCCACCUCCGAGUUCCUCCGCACCAUCCUACACACCAACAACGUCUGCCUGGUUUUUGAUGUGGCCAGUCUGUACUCCCUGAGCGCGCUCAGUGCGGCCUGCUGUGCCUACAUGGACAGACACGCACCUGACGUGUUGAAUUCUGACGGCUUCCUCAUGCUCUCCAAGACUGCUCUGCUGACUGUGGUCAGGCGGGACUCGUUUGCUGCCAGUGAGAAGGAGAUCUUCCAGGCCUUGUGUCGUUGGUGCCGGCAUCACGUGGAUGGAGCCGACACCCAGGAAGUGAUGGCAGCGGUGCGGCUGCCCCUCAUGACUCUGACUGAGAUGCUGAACGUGGUGCGACCGUCUGGCCUUCUGAGCCCAGACGACCUGCUGGACGCCAUCAAGACUCGCUCUGAAAGCCGCAACAUGGAUCUUAACUACCGUGGCAUGCUCAUCCCAGAGGAGAACAUUGCCACCAUGAAGUACGGAGCUCAGGUGGUGAAAGGGGAGCUCAAGUCGGCGCUACUGGACGGAGACACCCAGAACUACGACCUGGACCACGGCUUCUCCAGACAUCCCAUCGAGGAAGACGGCAGGGCCGGGAUCCAGGUCAAACUCGGCCAGUCGUCCAUUAUUAAUCACAUCCGCCUGUUGCUGUGGGACAAAGACAGCCGGUCUUACUCCUACUACAUCGAGGUAUCUAUGGAUGAGCUGGACUGGGUGCGUGUCGUGGAUCAUUCUAAGUAUCUCUGCCGCUCUUGGCAGAAUCUGUACUUCACACCACGAGUUUGCAGGUAUGUUCGCAUUGUGGGAACACACAACACAGUCAACAAGGUCUUCCACCUUGUAGCUUUUGAAUGCAUGUUCACCAACCGCUCAUUUACCCUGGAGAAUGGACUUUUGGUUCCCGGUGAGAAUGUGGCGACGAUCGCAUCGUGUGCCAGCGUCAUUGAGGGUGUGAGCCGCAGCAGAAACGCCUUGCUCAAUGGCGACACACGCAACUACGACUGGGACUCUGGCUACACCUGCCAUCAGCUGGGCUCUGGAGCGAUCGUCAUCCAGCUGGCUCAGCCCUACUCCAUUACUUCCUUGAGGCUGCUGCUGUGGGACUGUGACGAGCGCUCCUACAGUUAUUACAUUGAAGUCUCCACCAACCAGCAGCAGUGGACGAAGGUGGUCGACCGCACCAGGGUGGCAUGCCGAUCAUGGCAGACAUUGAAGUUUGAUAAGCAGCCUGCUUCCUUCAUCCGUAUUGUUGGGACUCACAACACUGCUAAUGAGGUGUUCCAUUGUGUUCACUUUGAGUGUCCGGCCCAGCUGGACACAGAGGUCAAUGAAGGCAGCCCGGGCCUGGACUCCUUUGAUUCUGGGACCGCCUCCCAGCAGCCGCGACCCCAGCGACCUUCACGCACACAUAGCCUGCUGCCCUCCCAACCCUCCUCCUCCUCUUCCUCUUCCUCACAGUCCCAUCACUAAGAGCCCCCUCAUUUGAAGGUGUUGAGAGGGAGGGAGACCUCAGAAUGCCAUUUUGCACAGCCUUCAUUAUCCAGACUGCACUGCUACAACGCUGCUAAAGGCGAUUGUCUCAUUGUCAUAACUCAUGUUCGUCUGUCAUAAGUGCAACAUUAGAGACUGGUAUAUCUGUAGCAGCAGUACUUAGGGCUCCAGUCUUCCCAGUUUAAAAACAGAAAGUUGGGUAAUGCAUCCACAGGCUCAUACAUUUUGUGAAGGUACUUUUUAGCUACUAAAACUCAAGUUUUUUCCUUCAAAAUCAUCAAAGUGGAAUCUUUACUUCUCCAAAGAUGAGGCACACACUGAACUGCGGUUAUACUGUACCACCAAAGAGCAGUAAGACCAGGGUGGGGGGUUGCUAUCUGAAUUUUACGAGUUAAUAUUUCCAAAAGAGAUGGAUUUUAUCCUUAAACAAGCUAUUUUUUUAAGAAACUGACUUCAAAUGAGUCUACUCACUUUUCAUACCAUCAAACUAACAGAGUAGCAGUCGAGUAUUUUUCAAAGUUUGGAAUUAAAUUCUUCAAACGGUUGCCAAAGCUGUUGAGCUAAUGCAUUGUGUCGCAUUUGUAUGCAAUUUGCACUUAAACCAAUUAUGCAUUUGCAUAUUAAGUAAUAGGUGUUGAGUAUUUGUUGACAGGCUUUCAUACCGGAAACCACAAUGUGUGGUUCUUAUCUGGUGUGACUUUUUGAUAGUUAAAAUUCAUACCUCAAGGAAAACCUCACUAAAGCUAAACUUGGAUUGAAUUAAGUGUCUUAAUUUAGGAUUUUAAGCACUUGAAUAGCCUAGCACAAUGAUUUGGGGAAUCAAAUUAGGUUGUGAAAAUUGGGGCUGAGGGGCUCGGACCAAAUUAUUAUAUGCACUUGGGCUACAGGGAAGAAAGUUUAUAUACGGUAGACUAAUGAGCAGCUGCUAUCGGCACUUUAUGUUACUCAAGUACACAGAAAUAAAGGUUACGGCUUGCGUCUUCUGACUGAAGUACAGUUCUGAGGUGCUGGAUUUGGUAACUUUCUGUUUGUAUGUUCAAUUGAAACACGUCCUCGCUCUUGGACGUGUCAGGUUUGAGCUGUGUUUUCUGUGUUUUUGGAGAUUUGUUUUUGAAUUAAGCUAUCCGUGCUGUGGUUCCUGUUUUUUUUUUUGUUUUUUUUUUUGUUUCCUGAUGUUGCACUCUUGAGUUGUUUGUCUUGAAAAACUCCUUCAUUUCAAACCUUUUAUUUGAUGUUAAGUAACCUCAGACACGUAACUACCCUCGGUGAUCCACUGAUGUUUCUGUAAGCGUUCUUUAGUCAUCCCACCCUACAUUUUAGAAGAUUACCUUUAGUUGGAAAAAGUCUUCCUUAAUAACUAACCAUAGAACUGAAAUAGGGCUUUGUUCAGGUUACAUUGUAAUGUAGAGAACACACUCCCCAUCCCCCAUAUAUCUUUAUGUAUGUGUAUAGUUUUACUUAAUAUAUAUAUAUAUAUAUAUGUUAGUUUUUACCAUUGAUGUGUGAUUGCAUUUCACUGCCUCUUGUUCAAUAUAAUGCCUGUCAAAAAUGUGAUUAUGGAAACAACUGACUUUGCUUAUCAAUGUUCAUUUGUGAGAGCUCAUGCUGUCAGCUUGCCCGAGCCGCCGCUGUUCAACACAGUACAGGUCUUUGAUACAAGCAAUACAGUGAUCUCUAUCUUCUGGAGAGCCUCGUUACAGACCAACACAGGUGAUUAACCGGUCAACGUGCAUUCAUUGUGCUCCAGGCACUGAUGCUCUGGUAGUGCUUUAGAAGAUGUUGGUGUAUAAUGCUGCCCAAGGAGCUGUUUUGUUCUCAUGAAACAUUUAAAAACAUCUCAUUUUGAACCUCAGAGAGCAUUUUUGUCUUGUUUGUCCCAGCAGCCAAUGGGUUUCAACCAGCACAGUGGGGCAGAAGUGCUAGAGAGCAAACCCAUAUAUUUGUCUUGAAGAGUUAAACUGAUGAGCAUUAUAUAGAAAUUGUCAUACUUCAGUUAAGUUUUGUGUACCUUGUGGUGUUGGUAGUGCUGUGUACACCACUAAAAAGUGCAUUAGUAAUCCUGACACU